CGAGUCUACUUUGCAAAAUUCUCCUGAUACAGCCAAACGCAAAAGUCACGACCAGCACUGCUCGAUCCGCCAAACGCUCACAGCAGCCAUGCACAAACCCUUCAUCCUCCUAAACUCCCUCCCCCUCCUCGCAACCACAUACGCCCUCAGAACACAGGAUCCGGCAAAUGUACUAACGAAUACCGUGUUAUUGUUGACGACCCUGUUCUCGAGAUGGGGGUUGACGUAUUACUGGAUCAUUCCUCGGCGACAUAGGACGAAGAUGAGGAAUCGGUUGGGGGUUGCUGUGCCUAAUAUGCUUCUUUCCACGAUUUUCACGGCACUGACACUGCCGUUGAUUUUAGGGGUACUAUUCCUCUUCCACGCACCCACCUCCCGCCCGACCCUCCUCCUCACCCUCCACAUCGCCCUCCUCACGCUCUACCCCCUCCUCUCCAUCCACGUCUACUCCCGGAUUCCCCUCAGUCUCAUGUCUUCCACCUCUUUUUUGUCGUCUGAAAUGGAAGUGGUUGCGGCGGGGAUGGGGGUGGUAGGGGGUGUUUGGGCGAGUGCAGGGGUGGGCUUGUUGGAUUGGGGGAGGGGGUGGCAGGGGGGUGGGGUGCCGGGGGUUGUGGGGGGGUGUGGGGGGCUUUUUGUGGGGAGUUUGGUGGGGGUUGUCAUGAGAGCGGUGGGUGGAACGGGGGAGAAGAGGAAGGUGUAGUGUGGGUGUGGCCGGUGGGCGGUGGGCUCAUUUCGAGGAAAUUGGUGGGGAUAUAUGCUGUGUACGGGAAUUGUGGUGCACGAUAUGGAUCACCAGAGGGGGCCGGGGCCGCUGGCGUGAGAGGCACGAGUGCUUCGCGGUGCUCAGCGCUUGUCUGUACGAUAUGAUGAAGAUGGAGGUGCAGGGCUGAGUGUUAGGAGAAUCACGGAGGUACCGUGCCGCCGCGAAGAAGGUGCACAACAAGGUAUGAUACGCAAAAUCGGUUAUAGAAUGGACUCGACACACGGAUGAGCGAGGGUGUUGCUAGGGAGAUGGAUCGAUGUGCAUGGCGCGCAACGCGAUAGAAUCAAUUCAGUGUAUCUCUGAUAUAUCCAGCCCUUAUAUCUUCUCUCAAAUCGUAUCC